CUCCACACAAAGACAUCCACUGUGGACAGAGACCUGAGAGGGCACAGAACGAAACAGGGAGACAGAGAGAGAAAGUUGAAAAAAGAGGGAGGAGAUAGAUGCUGUGUUCUAAUUGCUUAGAGAAUGUGACACAGAAAGAAAUUUAAAAAAAAGAAACAGAUGUGAUGACUUCAUCACUUAGUCGCUUCUUUGACCUUCAGCUUAAGCUUCCUCUUCCUCCUCCACAAAGCAUCCGAAGACAGUGAGACCACCCCCUCUCUCCUCCCUCUGCCAGGGAAUAUGUAUCUCACCCGUGGAUCAUAACUGAGAUCUGAACAGAGGGGACUACAAGGCUGUAGUCUGUCACAAAUCCUCAUCGGGAGAGCUCAACGCACUGAGGAAAACGCCCGCUCUUUUUCGGAAAGAGUUUGAGCAUCAACGCGAAUCCAGCCACGUCCGGUGGAGAUGGUCCUGUUUGUGGAUCCGAUGUGGGCUACAACGGCUCGUUUUGGGAUGCUGUCUUGGACUGAAAAUGAGAGCUGAAUGUGGACAAAUUAGGCUGGACGGAUAGAAGCUAUGGUGGUAUAAUAGUUUGGAGAGUUGGGAUGUCACAUGACUGGCAUGGCUUAACUACCUGAUUUAAGUCAUCUGUCAGCAUCCCUUGAGAACAGCUAAUGUCAGAGAGAAGGAGAACAGAAGAUGAGAGUGUGAGUCUUCAUUUUGUUGAAAAACCUCUUUGUUAUUUUGGCUGGUGUUUUUUGGGGGAUCGGCUAAAGAAUGACUCUUGCAACACGACUGGAGGACUUAGAGGUGACCCUGGAGCACAUGCUAAUGGAUGUCUUCAUGACAGAGGGGAGGCGAUGUCAGGUCCACCUCCUGGACGACAGGAAGCUGGAGCUCCUUGUACAGCCCAAGCUCAUGGCGAAGGACUUGCUGGACCUUGUGGCCUCUCACUUCAACCUCAAGGAGAAGGAGUACUUUGGGAUUGCAUACACAGAUGAAACGGGCCAUUUUAGUUGGCUUCAGUUGGACCGAAGGGUAUUGGAACAUGAGUUCCCCAAGAAGUCUGGUCCCAUUGUCCUCUACUUCUGUGUCAGGUUCUACAUAGAGAGCAUAUCUUACCUGAAGGACAACGCCACUAUUGAGCUGUUUUUCCUUAAUGCCAAAUCAAUCAUCUACAAGGAGCUCAUUGAAGUGGACAGUGAUGUUGUCUUCGAACUGGCUUCCUUUAUCCUACAAGAGGCUAAAGGAGAUUUCACCAGUAAUGACGUUACCAGGUCGGACCUGAAAAAGCUGCCUGCUCUGCCCACCCAGGCCCUAAAGGAGCACCCAUCUCUUGCUUACUGUGAAGACCGGGUCAUAGAGCACUACAAGAAGCUCAAUGGGCAGUCCAGAGGGCAAGCUAUUGUAAAUUACAUGAGCAUUGUAGAGUCUUUGCCUACAUACGGAGUACAUUACUAUGGUGUUAAGGACAAGCAGGGGAUCCCAUGGUGGUUGGGUCUGAGCUACAAAGGCAUCUUUCAGUACGACCACCAGGACAAAGUCAAACCCAGAAAGGUGUUCCAAUGGCGUCAGUUGGAGAAUCUCUACUUCAGAGAGAAGAAGUUUUCAGUCGAAGUUCAUGACCCAAGAAGUAGGGCGUCGGUGACCAGAAGGACAUUCGGUCACAGCGGCAUCGCGGUGCAUACGUGGUACGCCUGUCCUGCCCUCAUCAAGUCCAUCUGGGCCAUGGCCAUCAGCCAGCACCAGUUCUACCUGGACCGCAAGCAGAGCAAGUCUAAGAUCCAUGCAGCGCGGAGUCUGAGUGAGAUCGCCAUUGACCUCACGGAAACAGGAACCCUGAAGACCUCCAAACUGGCAAACAUGGGAAGCAAGGGCAAAAUUAUAAGUGGCAGCAGCGGCAGUCUGCUCUCGUCAGGCUCUCAGGAAUCGGACAGCUCCCAGACAGCUAAGAAGGACAUGCUUGCGGCACUGAGGGCUAGGCAGGACGCCCUGGAGGAAACUCUCAAAAAGAGACUGGAGGAACUCAAGAGCAUCUGCAUCAGAGAGGCGGAGCUGACAGGGAAGCUUCCUAAGGAGUACCCUCUGGAUCCAGGAGAGGAGCCACCCACCGUCAGACGGAAGAUCGGUACUGCCUUCAAGCUGGAUGAGCAGAAAAUUCCCCCUAAGGGAGAGGAGGAGGAACUGGAGCGUUUGGAGCGCGAGUUUGCCAUUCAGUCCCAGAUUACAGAGGCGGCCAGGCGCCUUGCCAGCGAUCCUCAUGUGAGCAGCAAGAAGCUGAAGAAACAGAGGAAGACUUCUUAUCUGAACGCGCUGAAGAAGCUCCAGGAAAUUGAGAACUCUAUCAAUGAGCACCGGGUCCGCUCUGGCAAGAUGCCUACGCAGAGGGCUUCACUUAUCAUAGAGGAGGCCAAUAUUGGUUCUGAAGAUAGUUCAUUGUCUGACGCACUGGUCUUGGAUGAUGAUGAUCCACAAGUUACAGGAACCCCCACCUUUUCUCCAGUAGCAUCGCCUCACAGGGGCCUCCCCCCUCGACCACCAUCACACAGUCGGCCCCCACCACCUCAGUCCCUAGAUGGCCUGCGACACCUGCACUAUUCGCGCCCUGACUACGAUAAGUCACCCAUCAAACCCAAGAUCUGGAGUGAAUCGUCACUGGAUGAGCCCUACGAAAAAGUCAAAAAACGCUCCUCUCAUUCAAGUCACAGGCGUUUCACCAGCUCUGGCAGUGCAGACGCAGGGGGUAGUAACUCUCUGCAGAGCAGCCCCAUCAGGAACCUCACUCACUGGAACUCUCAGUCCAGCAUGCCCUCAACCCCAGACCUGAAGACCAGGAACACACACUACGUACACUCCACCAGGUCGGUGGACAUCAGUCCCACACGUCUGCACAGUCUCGCUCAGCACUUUAGAAACCGCAGCUCAAGCCUUGAGUCCCAGGGCAAACUGUUGGCGCCCGACCCCGACGCACACCCGCACACUCUGGUGGGCGCGCUCGGCAGCCCUGACUUUUUCCUGGUGCCCGGACGCAACUCCAACGGCUCCGACCCACUGGACGACUGCUCAUCCUGCACCAGCCAAAGCAGCUCAGAGCAUUACUACCCUUCUGGUGGGCCCCCCAGCAGCAACCCCAACUACUCCACACUAGGAGAGGACUCGCCCUCCAAAGCCAGGCAGAGACAGAGGCAAAGACACCGGUCAGCAGGUCAGUUGGGUUCCUCUAAUUCCGGCUCCAUGCCAAACCUGGCAGCUAAGAAUGGUUCGGGUGGAGGCUCGAGCGGAGGAGGGAUGGGUGGGGGACACCACGGAGUCUACCUCCACAGCCAGAGCCAGCCCUCCUCCCAGUACCGCAUCAAGGAGUACCCGCUGUACGUGGAGGGCAGCCCGAACCCUGUGGUGGUGCGCAGCUUGGAGAGCGACCAGGAGGGCCACUACAGCGUCAAGGCCCAGUUCAAGACCUCCAGCUCCUACACGGCCGGGGGGCUCUACAAGGAGGCGUGGGGGGGGGAAGAGGGGGGAGAAGGGACCGGCCGACUCACGCCGUCCCGCUCUCAGGUCGUAAGGACUCCGUCGCUGGGGCGAGAGGGUGGUGGAAGCGGAGGCGCCGGGAGGGCAGCGGUGUCUGAAGAGCUGCGCUGCUGGUACCAGAGGUCCUCGGGGAGCCUGAAGGAGAGGAGUCACUCACACUCGGGAUCUACUUCCUCCGAGACGGGGUCGCAGCAGGGCACUCUGGGACAUAGUCGAGGAAGUAGAGUAGGGACCCUCGCCAAGUGCUCUCCAGCGGCGUCCCCUCACAGCCAGAGGAGUGUGACGCCCUCCAGCGAACACGCAGCCACACCAACGCCCCCCUGUAGCCCACAGCACAUCCUCAACUGGCAGAGCGGGUCUUUCAGUGACAGCUGUUUUCUCAGCAGCCCCUUGUGUUCGGAGCUGGCCGAUGUGCAGUGGUACGGACGUGAUAAGGCCAAACCUGGAACCCUGGUCUGAGACCUUCCCACAGGGCCUAAAAAAAGUCCCAUUGCCCUGUCCUACUGUCCCUGACUACGACCCAUCGACAACCAACAACCUCAUCCUUAAGGCUCCACAACAAUCCCUCCCUGAGCGGACCUGAUGUGAGCCUCCCUCCAUCCACCACCCCUCCGUCACGGCUCAGCUGGAGUGGGACAUACUCGCUGGGACUCGCAGGACAGACUGAGAGGUGCCACCUCAGCUGUUGAACUGUUGCCCUACAGCCCCUCAGAGCCCGUUGGUUACACUCCCUCGCAGAGGGUUCACCGGCAAUGGGGCAGGGAGGAAAAAAGGCGUUAAAAAUAUCAAGCAAACAACAAAACUCAACACAACAUCGGCUGUUCCGUGAUCUGUUUCAUAUCUCAUCUUUCGUCCGCUGACCCGACCAGUGCACUGCCACCCAAUCAGAGGAUACCUGCUGGACUUGAGCCACCAGUUCUAAAAAAUCUCCAGGCCCAUCUCCAGGUGUUGGGUUUCAUCAUUCCAUUAAUGUUGUUUGUCUUUUUUCUUUAUUUGUCCUCGAAUAUGUUUAUAAUCAAAGAAGAUAACCCAGACUUGUGAGAAAAUGUUAACAAUUUUUAACAGACGUAUAGAUGACAUAUUCAAAGUUUCUCAGUUUAACCCACAACCAAAGACAACUUACUGGAUGGCCUGGUCACACCAUGGUCCCUGGGCUGGUGCCAUACAGUCACCAGAGGGAAUUCACAGUGACAAUUUCAGGAUGGUUUAUGGGACUCCAUCUGGGAUAUUGGCGAGGACAAUAGCAAUAACAAACAUUGUACAAUAUGAACUGGUUUGAGUCGACCGUUUUGCGACGGUCGAAGUAAAAGAUCAUUCGCGUGUCACCGGUGAAUCGGGAGUUGGGGUUAUUGGGUUCGGCAUUAAUCAAUGCUUAUUUCAGUGGCUUUGUUUUUACAAUUACGCCAUCAUUUCAUCUGGGCUGUAGUUUUGAUGUACAAACAAGAUAUUCUCACUCUGCCGUUUAGCAUUUGUCAUUUUUCACGGCUGUCGACGUCUGUAGGAAUUACUUGUGGUGAUACUAAGCCUGUUCAAUGAUAAAUCUCUGUAGUGAACCAUCUUUUCUAUCACAAGUGUCUGUUCCUCUCUGCAGGUCUUGUUUCUAUACCGGUUCCUGUCACCAUCUGUCACUCACUCUUUUGUAGCCCCGGGCUUUCAGGUCUUUGUGUCCAUCUCCUCAACAUGACAGGAGCGACCUGACCGAAGACACAGUGUGAACUCAAUCACAGCCAAGACACGCACACCGGAAGUCACAACACACACACAAAAAGUACAAAUGUGCCAAACAUGUUGGUGCUUUACAUUUGUUCUGUAUCACAGCACUGGAAGAGCUGCAAACAGAAAAAUAUGCCCUCGCAGUCUAUAGCCACUGUGCAAUGUCUGUACACAACACAAGCACAACAUUAACCGUGUCUACGAGGGCCGGACAUACAAUUGGUAAAUUGUACUUUUCCACUCCCACUAUUUCAAAGUAACUAUAUAACUUUUAGAGUCGUCAAAAAGGGCAAAAGAGAAAAGUAGAAAAGCCUGAACAACGGACAUAAGUAUUACAUGAAAGUGCUCUUUUUAUUACAACGAGGACAUUAAUGAAUUUCUUGUUGGACAAUAUUUAAUCCCCGCUGCCAGGGCAGAAGUGAAGCCAUAGCCAGAGCUGAAGUAAACAGUUCUUUAACCCACUCGAAUGGAGAGGGUGAUGUUCUCACACAUCCCAAUCAACAAUCAGACAUUCAGAUCACAGUUAGAAAAGCACACCUGGUUUUGUAAGAAGGGAGUAGAACUCUGCAUGUUUCAUUUGUAUCUAAAUUGUUUUCUUUCAUCUUUUCCUUACCACAGUCCAAUACAUUUUGUUUUUUGCUUUUCCAAAAUGUCCUAAUUGUUGGUAAUUCCCCAAGAUGUUGAUUUAUUCUACAUCUCGGACCAUCAUGUGCAAUUGUAAACGGUGCAGCGUGUUUAUUUUUGGCACAGGAGGAACCCUGUGCAUCUACCCUUGUCCCCCCCAUAAUGUUGUUUUUCCUUUUACGCACUCACACCGGCUGUUGUAAUCUGCCACUUUUUUAGACUCCGACGUGGCACUGGAAAGUACUGUCCACUCCCUGCAUGGUUGGUUCUCCAAGAGUUGCCCACCCGCUUCCUGGUCAGAUUUGAUCAGUUUUUACCCCAUGAUUGGAACCAGCUCUCCCUGGUUACCUUAUUAGAGUGCAAGCUUGAUCCUGCUCUGCUCACCCAGUCCACUGUUAGUGUGCUAAAACACAGUCCCAUGCAUGUCUUGCCACUAAAAAAAAAAAAAGAAAAACCCAAAGACAUUCAGCACCCGCCUUCAAUACGGUAACAUUAGCACAUAUUGCUCCAUAGCGUGCCCCAUUUCAACCUUGUGGUGAUCUCUGAGCCCAAUGUGAAGAAGUGUGACGUCUCUUCCCUCUGUAGCUCCAAACACACCGUUUUCUGUGCUUCAUAGACAUGUAUGAGGGUUUUUUGUAAUUCUCCCACGAUAUGAACUCUAUUAUAAGUCUUUUCCUGUAUGUAGGGAGGGGCAGUGUAAGAUUUUGUGGGGUUUUUAACAUUGACAUUCAUUGUUUUUUCAAUGUUCCAUUUUAUAAGAACUGUAUUGUUUUGUUUUUUUUGUUCUGUAACAGUGAAUUCAGGUGCUACAAAAUGACCAGUUACUGCUUUGUCAUGUAGGACUUUGACAUCUUCAUUGUUAUCAAUAGAUUCAUUUACCAGAAUGAAGCUUAUUUUAACAGACAGUUUAAUAGUAGAAGACACUUCCCCAACCAGACAAUAGAGCAUGUAACUUGACUUUAUCAGUUCUGUUCAACUGUAACAAUACAUUAAAGGUGUUGUAGAAAAAAUGUGGAAUUUAUCAAAAAAAUAACUGAAUUCCACAGUUAAUUUAUUCUUUUUUCUAUUAAAAUUUGUAUAGUAACUUUACAUUUUUCAAAACUGUGUUGUUGGAAAUUGAUGAUGAAUUUUCAAGAUGAGAAGCAGCAGUGUCAGUUAUUGAGAGUAAGAAAAAUAAAUUAUUGAUGAAUGUUCUCAA